UUCUCGGAGUACCUAUCAGUCAACCAUUUCAGCUUAAGAAUCAAAGUGGCAGCACCAGUUGCCCUUCCGCUAAUCGAGCAGGUGAACGUUGUCUUGUCCCCACGCGCUAAUACGCACACUUCGCCAUGCUUCCAUCACCGACCUCCUUCCCUUGCACCAGAUAUAUAAAGCCACAUGUUCGCUGUGUUUUUUUCUUGAUUGCAUUGCUUUGAGCUCAAUCUAGGACGGCGAGUGUGGCAAUGGCCUGUCCUUGGAUGUUUGGCAUUCUUGUUUCCCAUCUGCUUGUGCAAUGUUGUCGCGAUGCCGGGGUUCUUGCCUCCAGCAAUGCUUACAUCGUGUACAUGGGAGCUCGCCAACACGAUGAACCGGAGCUGGUUCCAGAGUCCCAUCAUGAGAUUCUAUCAGGCAUUUUGGGAAGUGAAGAGGCUGCCAAGGACUCAAUUUUGUACAGCUACAAGCAUGGAUUUUCGGGGUUUGCGGCAAUCUUAGAUCAUUCUCAAGCUAAGCUUAUUGCAGAUCUUCCUGGAGUGGUUCAUGUGAUUCCCAACAGAAUUUUCAGUGUGCAAACCACUCGAAGCUGGGAUUUUCUUCAUGUCAACCCAGAUAUCCGGAGUGGAAUUCUUUCAAGGAGUCACUCUGGAGCAGGGUCUAUCAUCGGCAUGAUGGACACAGGGAUUUGGCCGGAAUCUGAAAGCUUUAGAGAUGAUGGUAUGGCAGACGCUCCAACUCGCUGGAAGGGGAUAUGUCAAGCAGGAGAAGAAUUUAAUGCAUCCGACUGCAGUAGGAAGAUCAUCGGCGCACGUUGGUACAUCAAAGGGUAUGAAGCUGAAUUCGGCAAGCUCAACACGACCCAGGGAGUCGAAUUCUUGUCUCCCCGAGAUGCUGUUGGCCAUGGCACGCACACAUCUUCGACUGCCGCUGGAUCGUUGGUGGAAAAUGUGAGUUUUGCCGGACUAGCUCGAGGACUGGCUAGAGGGGGUGCUCCGGCGUCUUGGUUGGCCGUCUAUAAAAUCUGUUGGUCUACUGGUGGAUGCAGUUCAGCUGAUCUUCUCGCUGCAUUUGAUGAUGCAAUUUCUGAUGGUGUAGAUGUUCUUUCUGUAUCUCUUGGCGCUCCUCCUCCGCUCCCUAGUUAUGUCGAUGAUACUUUGGCGAUAGGUUCCUUCCAUGCUGUAGCUAAAGGAAUCACAGUGGUGUGCUCGGGUGGAAACUCGGGUCCUUACCCACAAACCGUAAUAAAUACUGCUCCAUGGAUUAUAACUGUCGCUGCCAGCACAAUUGAUAGAGCCUUUCCUACUGCGAUCACAUUGGGAAACAACCAGACUUUCGUGGGUCAGGCUUUCUAUACAAGUGGGCUCAGGGACAGGUUUUACCCCAUCGUGUAUGGAGAAGAUAUUGCAUCUACAAUCUCUGACGAAGAUAGUGCAAGGAGUUGCGACGAUGGAUCACUAAAUGCUACUUUAGCCAGAGGAAAAGUGGUUCUCUGCUUCCAAUCUCGAUCUCAGAGGUCGGCCACUGUUGCCAUAAGCACUGUAACUGCAGUUGAGGGCAUUGGAUUGAUCUUUGCACAGUUUCCAUCAAAAGAUGUUACUGUUUCCUCUCGCAUCCCCUGUGUCCAGGUGGAUUUUACAAUCGGAACUUCUUUGCUUACUUACAUGGAGGCAACUCGAAACCCGCUCGUCAAGAUUACAUCUUCAAGAACUGUCAUCAGGAAACAGAUAUCCCCUGAAGUAGCCGUCUUCUCCUCAAGAGGGCCUAGUUCUCUAUCUCCCUCUGUGCUGAAGCCUGAUGUUGCUGCUCCUGGGGUUAACAUCCUCGCUUCAUGGUCUCCUGCAUCAUCUCAGCUGGAUCCCCCACUCAACUUUAAAAUGGAAUCGGGAACAUCCAUGUCUUGUCCACAUAUAUCCGGCAUCGUCGCACUUCUUAAGGCAAUCCAUCCAUCAUGGACUCCUGCUAUGAUCAAGUCUGCAUUAGUCACAACAGCUUCCACAAAGGAUCAAUACAGUCAAAACAUUGUUGCGGAGGGAGCACCUCACAAGCAGGCCGAUGCAUUUGAUUAUGGAGGCGGUCACGUCGAUGCUAACCGGGCGGUGAAUCCUGGUCUCGUCUACGACGCAGAAAUAUCAGACUAUGUUUGUUUGCUCUGUUUCAUGGGCUACAACAGCAGUGCCAUUAGCACAAUGACAGGGAAACCCACCAAGUGCAAAGAAUCAAGCAAUUGCCUCGUGAACCUAAACCUGCCUUCCAUUGUCAUUCCCAAUCUGAAGCGAGGGGUGACCGUAUCAAGAGUAGUUACGAAUGUUGGUCCUGUAAAUUCCAUCUACACCGCUCGCGUCGAAGCACCAGUGGGCACCUAUGUUAGAGUUAAACCAUCAGUUUUGUCGUUCAAUUCCUCCAUGACCAAGCUGAAGUUCAGAGUCAUUUUCAAUUCGCUACUGAGGGUUCAGGGAAGAUACUCGUUCGGGAAUCUGUUUUGGGAGGAUGGAUUGCAUGAAGUGCGGAUACCGCUGGUCAUCCGGACCGUAAUUGACGAUUCCUAUGCAGAAACUUGAUGCACAUGCCAUCUCAUGUAUUAUGUAGGCAAUGAUCAUAUUCAUAGUUCAGGGUAUUCGUCAAUUUGAACGUUGAUCAUUCAUACGUCCAGCAAAAGGGGUUGGGAACUCUUCUCUAUCCUAAGGCGAUGAGCACUGGUUUCUGGCUUUCUGGUUGACCUCUGCGAUACCCAAUGAACAGUUUCCGACA